CUUAUUGUAAAACCUCACACAAAAACCCUAAUUUCGUCAACUCUCCAGAAAAUUCCCAAGAGAACUCUUGAGCAAGCGAUGGCUAUGUACUCUCACCGUCUCCGACGAGCCUUACUCACCACCACUUCAUGUCUCAACCGAUCAAUCACACUCUCUUCGGUCGCUCCAACCUCCGUCACCCCAUCUGUAUCGACGGUGCUACAGAGAUCCGUGUUAGGGCGUUUCACAGAAGCGACUCGAGCUCCGAUGAGGCUGUUCUCGACGAGGCAGUACAAGCUUUACAAAGAAGGCGAUGAGAUCACAGAGAACACUGUGUUGUUCGAAGGAUGCGAUUACAAUCACUGGCUCAUCACCAUGGAUUUCCCCAAGGACAAUCCUUUGUCCCCCGAGGAAAUGGUCUCUACCUACGAGAAGACUUGCGCCGCAGGGCUUGGUAUCAGCUUGGAAGAGGCCAAAAAGAAGAUCUACGCUUGUAGCACAACAACUUACCAAGGGUUUCAAGCGAUUAUGACUGAAGAAGAAUCAGAGAAAUUCAAGGAUCUACCCGGAGUGGUGUUUAUAUUGCCAGAUUCCUACAUCGAUCCCGCGAACAAAGAGUAUGGAGGAGAUAAGUAUGAGAACGGAGUGAUCACACACAGGCCACCACCAUUUCAGCCUAACAGAAGACAACCCCGUGAUAAGUUCAAUCAAAGACCUGACCGUCAAGGCGGUCCUCAAAACUUCCAGAGAAACCCUCAGUAUGGUCAGCAACCGCCAAUGCAAGGUGGUGGUGGAGGUGGAUAUGGUGGUCCUCAGCAGAGCUAUGGUCCUCCAGGACAAGCUCCUCCUCCACCGUUUCAAGGAGGUUACAACCAAGGCCCUCCAAGAUCUCCACCACCUCCGUAUCAGGGUGGUUACAAUCAAGGCCAGGGAUCUCCCGUGCCUCCUUACCAAGGACCACCGGGUGGUUACGGACAAGGUGGACCUGGAAACUUUAACCAAGGGCCACAAGGAGGUUACAACCAAGGAGGGCCUAGGAAUUACGGUCCACAGGGGGCUGGAAACUAUGGUCCUGCACCGGGAGCUGGAGCUCCCAAUCCUGGAUUUGGUCAGGGAUAUGGUGGACCUGGACAAGAGCAGAAUCAGACAUUUCCACAGGGAGAUCCGAGGAAUGUAGCUGGAGACUGGAACAACAAUACUCCAGCAGGCCAACCGGGACCUGAUCAAGGAAGAAGAUACUAAGACAGAGAGACAUGAUGGAUGCUUGCUGCUGUGAAAUGAGCUGAAUAAGGAGAGAGAAGUAUCGAAAGCCCUUUUAUUUAAGUAUUAGAGUACAUAGUUUGUUAGUCAUCUCCUCUUUCUACUUUAUUAGAACAAGAAUCAUCUCCUUUUUCUUCGUAAGUUGUGCUUGUUCAACGUUGUUUGGUGCAUCUGUUGACUUCUUGAAACACUUUUGCAAAACGUUGUUUUCCAAUUACAUGUUACUCGAGAUUUUUGCUAUU